CGGCAGCGCCGUCGCGCCCCCCCUAGUGGCAGCCGGCCUCAAGGCCACCCUCUGGUUCCUGGGCUCCGCACGGUGUAGCUUUACCUUAGCGGCCGGCCUAACUCUGUGCUGGCGCCCAGACCCUCUGAGGCAUGGCCCAGCGCCAGUCGACGGGCGACCCCUCGAGGUAAAACCGAGGACGUGCGGGAGCGGGAGCGAGAGGCGCUCCCUGCAUCGGCUCUGGAGUGCCGGAGAAGCCGAGGCUGUAGGCCGCGGGGGCGGGUGCGAUGGCGCAGGAGCAGGUGAACUGCAACUUUGACUUCACCCCAGAUUGUGAGGCAGCGGAGACUGCAGAAUCUACGGUGCCCGCUGUGGAGGCCCCCAAAUACUCUGCGGAGUCCGCGAAGGACUACGACAGCAAGUGCGUGUUCUGCCGUAUCGCGAGACGGCAGGAACCGGGCACCGAACUCCUGUUCUGUGAGAACGAAGACCUAGUUUGUUUCAAAGAUAUCAAACCAGCAGUCCCUCAUCAUUAUCUUGUAGUGCCAAAAAAGCAUAUGGGAAACUGCAAAGAGCUAAAGAAAGAUCAAAUAGAACUGGUUGAGAACAUGGUAACUGUUGGAAAGACCAUUCUUGAAAGGAAUAAUUUCACUGACUUAACAAAUGUGAGGAUGGGUUUCCAUGUCCCACCAUUCUGUUCUAUUUCCCACCUGCAUCUUCAUGUUCUGGCGCCAGUGAGUCAGCUUGGCUUCUUAUCCAGUUUGGUUUAUAGAGUCAAUUCCUAUUGGUUUAUCACAGCUGAACAUUUGAUUGAAAAACUAAGAAAAUGAAAAUGUCAACAGUGGAAGAUUUCCCUAAUCUUGGUUCAAUAUUAACUAAUAUUUUGAUCCUUUUGAUGUCUAACUGCAGUUUUAAGGUUUGUUUGGUUUUAUGAGAAGCUAUUAUUGAGUAGUUUUAAAUUUUUUCUGAUUAUAUAUUUCCUGAUAAUCUAUGAUAUAGUUAUAUGAAUACUUGUCAUUGACUUAUAGGGUUUAAUGGUUACCUGUCUAAAGAUUUUAUAUGUAUGAUGCUAUGGAAAAAUCCCAUUUAAAACAAAUUCUGUUUAUCAAGAAGGGUUCUGCAUUUUUUUUUUUUUUUUUUUGAGACAGAGCUUCAAGCCUCCCUGGGUAGAGUGCCAUAGCAUCACAGCUCACAGCAACCUCCAACUCCUGGGCUCAAGCGAUUCUCCUGCCUCUGCCUCUCAAGUAGCUGGGACCCCGCCACAACGCCUGGCUUUUGGUUGCAGCCGUCAUUGUUGUUUGGUGGGCCUGGGCUGGAUUCGAACCCACCAGCUCAGGUGUAUGUGGCUGGUGCUUUAGCUGCUUGAGCCACAGAUGCCGAGCCCAGGUUCUGCAUUUUUUAAAAAGUCAAACUAUUUUAAUUCCUCAGUAGUCAAUUAUAAUAGCAUUUACUUAUAAAUAAAUUUAUAAAUAAAUUAAUUUAAGUAAUUUAAUUCCUUAUAAAUUCAAUUACUUAUAAAUAAACUUAUAAGUAAAGUAAUUUAAUUCCUUAUGAAGUCAAUUAUAAUAGCAUAUACAUAACAUCUAUAGGAAGUACUUUAUUGGCACCUUUAUUACAGUGAAAGAGAGAAAGAACUUAGCUAUUUCUUGACAGUUCUACAGUUUUACACAUAAAUUUUCAAAAGAAUACCAUACUACUCAGUGAUCGCUGAUCUCUGAAAAGACUUAUAUAUAUGUCACUUUUUAUCAAAUUUCAGGUACUGGUUUUUACUUCUUUAAACCUCAUAUCUUUUUAAAUAAAUUGGCCCUGAAAGCCGUAUAAUAUAUAUAACAUAAUGUCUAACAGUGAGUUUACAGUAACUAUCAAAUAUGCUAUCAGAAGUCACUAAUUUUACCUGUAAUAACAUAAAAGGAAAAGAAACCAAGUGAUUCACAGAAACUACUUUCUGGCUUUUUUUUUUUUUUUUUUUUUUUUAACCGAAAGGAAAUUAGAAUAAAAAGUGGUUAAACUUAGCUUUUUUUACAAUCAUGAAAAAAAAAAGCCUUGUUUGAAAGUGAAGAUAGAUGCAGGUUUAGAUGAGAAAAUUAUUUUAAUAUCACAAUGUUAACACUGAUAUUUCAACAUCUGGGAUCAAUAGUGUAUCAUUUGUUCAUUAAUUUAUUCAUUUAGCAAACAUUUAUUGAGCACUUAAUGUGUACCAGACACUGAAGGAUAAAAAAUAAAGGAUGGAAAUGAAAGAAAUGCAAAUGGAAAGUCUGCCUACAAUUGCUAAUACAGGGGUCAGAUAAAAUCAGCUAUUAGAAUUUAGUGUGUUAGGUGCCAUAAUGCUACAGAAGAGAAUGUGGAAGGGAAACCUUCUGAGAGCAGGUGGCAGUGGAACUGAGUAUUCAAGAUAGAAUGUUAGGUGAGUAGACAGUGACAGUUUAGGCUAAGAAACUCAUAUGUACUUUCCUUGAGUUCUACUUAGCCUGUUAUUUACAGUACAAUUGAUGUAAAUGUCCAAAUUUCAUCUCAUUCACUGAAAGUGAAAAGAAGGAUUUGGAAGUAUGAGUUAUGGGCUUUCAAGCUAUGAUGCCACAGCACUCUAUGGGUGGCCACAAAGUGAGACUCUGUCUCAAAAAAUAAAAAGUAAAUAAAUAAAUAAAUGAGUUAUGGGUUUUCAAAAUUAUAUUUGAAGGUUUUCCAGUAUUGCUUUGUAAUAUAGCUCAUUGCGCACUUACAUAGAUUAAAAACUGUAAGUUUAUGAAUCAGAAAUAUGAUUAACCUCAGAGAAGGAAUUUUUAACAGAUGCAACCAUCGGAUGUUUUACUAUGUGAACUUACAGUGACAGAAGUGACAACAUUUAAAAAAUAACAUGUAAAGUAUUUAAGGACUUCUUAAAUCCUUUAAAGUGUUACCAUUACAAAUUAAAAUAUGCUUGGAGACUAUAACGAUGGGCAACUUUGGAAUCCUAAAUAAAAAAUAUAACAUAGGUGUCA